AUGGCGUCGGUUGCACGCAUUCACAAGCGUCAUGCGUAUAGUCGAGAGGGCCACACCUACUACCCAGUGCUAAUUGUCGGCGCUGGAGAGUCAGGAGUGGCCAUGGGCUGUCGCUUGAAGGAGGUUCUAGGCAGAGACCAGUUCCGAAUCUUUGAGCGCCAGUCCGGGAUUGGAGGCACUUGGUGGAUUAAUCGCUAUCCCGGUGCUGCUUGCGACAUCCCCGCAGCCUUGUACUCUUUCUCCUUCUGCCAGAAGAAGGACUGGUCUACGCUGCACCCGUCCGGCCCAGAGCUAGCGCAGUACAUGGCGGAUGUGUGUGAAAAGUAUCAGAUUGUGGACAAAAUCCAGUUCAACACUGAUGUCAAGGAGCUUCGAUGGAUCGAAGAGGACGAGGAGUGGGAGGUGACCCUCUCACACCUUGUUCCUGGCACUGGUGAUCUCGCGCAGCAUGAGCGCGAUCGGCUUGCAAGCCAGAACGGCCACCAUGCUGUUUAUGUGAAGACGGAGAUUGUUCGAGCAAAGAUCGUCGUCAGUGGUGUCGGCGGCCUGGUGGAACCAAAGACACCACCAAAGGACAUUCCCGGAUUUGAUGACUUCAAGGGCGAGAUCAUGCAUACGGCUCGGUGGAACGACGAGAUCGACCUGCGAGGCAAGGAUGUCAUCAUGGUGGGAUCCGGGUGCAGUGCUGCGCAGGUUCUUCCUGAAAUAGCCAGGGCAGAGGCUGGCGUUCGCUCGAUCACCCAACUCAUGCGCACUCCCCCAUGGGUCCAGCCAGAUAUCAUCCCCCCGAAGCAUCUCCCUGCGUACGAAAAAUGGUCUCCCAGACUCAUGACCCACGUCCCUGGGUUGUUGAGCGUGACUCGAACUGUUCUCUUCCUGAUGUUCGAGCAAACCUACUUCAAAUGGUUCACGGACUCGGCAUACAGUCGACGGGCGCGGCCGAAAGGCGAGAAGGUGUUCCUUGAUCACAUGCGCGCUGUGGCCCCAAGUGAAUACCAUGAAAUCCUAACACCAAACUACAGCCUCGGCUGUAAGCGACGCAUCAUCGACGGAACAUGGUAUCGGGCUCUCAAUGCCCCCAAUGUGGAACUAACAACCCAGCCUUUGGUUCGCGUCAACGCCAAAAGCAUCACCCUAGGACCGGGGAGUCACUACCCACCGGACAAGCCUGUAGCACACCAGCCAAGAGAUCUCCCUGCCGAUGUGAUCAUCAUGGCGAAUGGGUUUGAAACCAACCAGUGGUUGCACCCAUUGAAGGUAAUUGGCCGUCAAGGCCAAGACAUGGAAGAAGUCUGGAGGGAGCGUGGAGGCGCACAGGCAUACCAGGGCAUCGCCAUGGAUUCGUUCCCGAAUUUCUUCAUGCUAUUCGGUCCGAACACAGCGACCGGGCACACAAGUGUGAUCUUCGCUACCGAAAAUGCGGUCAACUAUUCGUUGAAGUUCAUCGAGCCCAUUCUGAACGGGCGUGUCAGCUCCUAUGAAGUCACCGAGGAUGCGGAGCGUGAAUGGACCACGCAGAUCCAGGAUGAUCUCCAGAAAACAGUAUUCCGUCUUGGUGUAUGCUCGAGUUGGUAUUCCACCGACGAAGGUUGGAAUUCUUCCACCUACCCAUAUACCCAAGUCCAUUAUUGGUACCGCUGCACAUUCCCGUACUGGGGUCAUUGGAGUGCGAAGCUCACCGCUAGGGGACGGACUCUGCGAGCUGUGCGCAAGACCCUUCGUGCCUCGGCGCUUUUGAUUCUUGCCGCCGGUUUUGGUUGGUUGCAUCAGAACCCUCAUCAGAAGGUCCGGCUUGUGCAGUCGAUUCUUGGUGGGAAAGAGUGGCUCUUCUCGGCUGUGCAGGGAUUAAUCUCGCGCUAA